AUGACGGCUCUACAGAACGAGCACCAAAGACUACAAGAGGAACUCACCACGCUGAAGGAGGACGAAAAACAAGCACGGGAGGAACUAGCGGCCCUGAACGCGAGACCCCUCCUUUCCGAACUCCGUCGCGACAUCGACCAACUCGAGCAGGAGAAGAAAUCGCUGCUUGCCCAGUUGGAGCAAUUCCACGGCGGCGACGAGCAGGAACAGGUGUCUGCGGACGAACGGGCAGAGAUCGAGCGACAAUGGCGAUACUGGCAGAGACAGGCGCGCAUUCGGGGCCGAAUCUGUCGUGACUUAUGGCUACGAUGCUCGGAGGUGUUGCCCGACAAUAUGACCGCCGAAGAACUCUGGCGCGCAGGAGUCGUUGGGGCUGGAAGGACCGUGUCUUUGUUGAUGACUGAGCCGCGAUGUGCAUGCCUGACGGUCACGUCUGGAGUUGGCGGUAGUACGGAGUACAGUACAUUAUUGACGGGUGUCGCGGGUCCUGCUUGA